CGCUGAGGUACGCCAGAUCCUAACUCCCCCGCUCCUUCCUGGCUAGAAAACAGGAGCGAGCAGCUAAUCCUGGAGUUGAACCAGCAAAAAACCAACCGCAGCAGGAACGCUCUCCCGCAUAGCCUCGAAUUAAGGGAAGUGGGUCGGGGGGCCUCGGCCUCAGCCUUUUACCUAGCCUUGCUUCGAAAAGCACGUGGAAGUCGCUGUCGAUAGCAUAGCGCUGCCCCCGGGAAGCACAAUCCAUUUUGUAGAGCGCGGUGGCUGAGGAAUCGGCAAGCGCGCGCGCGCGCUCACACUCCGUCUCUCUUUCGCUCUCGCGUUCUCUCUCUCUCACACACACACACACACACCCGGCGGGAGAAGAGGGGGAACGGCGCAGAGGAUUCCCUCACUGCGCACAGCCGGCUUGCUACCGAUCGCCCCCUUUCUAGUUAUUUUUGCUCGUUUGGGAGAGCCCCGACCUACCCACGAAAACAAACAAGCGAACCCAGCGCGCAACUCUUCGUUGCCCUCCCCAAGGCGAUUUUCCCCCCUUUUUUUGUGGGGGGGGGCAACCCGAGAGCCAGGUUUGCACUAACAACGGGAGAACGGCGAAAAGCGAGAGAGAGCGCGAGAGCCAGCAUGGAUAACAAUUCCGGUGGCGUGAUCCUGUAUGUGGGUUCAACAGCUGGCUCCAGCCCCACUCCAGGCAGCCCUCCCAGUGGAUACCUGGUGUCUUCACCCCAACACUCACUGCCAUCCUCGUUGGAAGAGCUGACCCUUACUGAGAUUGGAGCCAUCAAGCCGCAGCAGGCCAGUUCCCCCUCUUCACCCAAGGUAGCCUUCCAGUUUCCUGAAGGGAUCUGCUACCCCAGCAAGGGCCAGUUGCCCCCAACACCGAGUAAGGUGCCUGCUGCCAAGCAGAAUGGAGCCACCAGCACUUUCACAAAGACUGGUGGGAUGGUGUUGCUUUGCAAGGUUUGUGGUGACAUUGCUUCAGGCUUCCACUAUGGGGUUCAUGCUUGUGAAGGAUGCAAGGGUUUUUUUCGCCGGAGCAUCCAGCAGAACAUCAGCUACAAGAUGUGCGUGAAGAAUGAAAACUGCAUGAUCAUGCGCAUGAAUCGCAACCGCUGCCAGCAUUGCCGCUUCAAGAAGUGCCUGGCAGUAGGGAUGUCAAGGGAUGCUGUGCGUUUUGGGCGCAUCCCUAAGCGAGAGAAGCAGCGCCUGCUGGAUGAGAUGCAAAGCUACAUGAACAGCCUGAACGAGGUCCCCAUGGAUGUGGGCCUGAGCUCUGAGGUGGAUGCUCCACCCAGCCCUAAUACCCAGGAAGAGGAGGCAAUAAGCGCCAUCUCCAGAGCUUACCAUGACAUCUUUGUCAGCGGGCAGGACCGUCUGGGCAGGCGUAGCAGCUCCCCAGGGGCCGAGGCUGCCCCUUUGACCAACUACAAUGAACAGCAGCAGCUGACUCAUUCCUUGGGUUAUGGGCAAUACGAAUCGGCCACUCUUCGCCUCUCCAGCUACAGCCCUCAAGAGCCUCCCAGUUACGUUGACAACAGUCCACGGUGCUUUGGCAAUGAGAUCUUCCAGGCCCAGCAGGCCAGCUAUCUGCAAAAUGCUGGAUGCUACCCACCCUUUGAUUUUGGUUAUCCUGAGGGAAACGCCCAGAGGAGCUGUCCGUGGCGGGGAACCACCAGAAGGGGCAUUGCUUGUCCUCUGAAUGCCACCCCCUAUUGUGGUAAUGGCAAGAGCAGUCAGCAAGUGUGGGAAGAGUUCUCACAGUGCUUCACACCAGCUGUCAAGGAGGUGGUCGAGUUUGCAAAGAACAUCCCAGGCUUCCAGUCGCUCUGCCAGCAGGAUCAAGUCAUGCUUCUCAAAGCAGGGACUUUCCAGGUGCUGAUGGUGCGAUUCUCCACCCUCUUCAGUCCCAAGGAGAAGAAAGUGACAUUUCUGAGUGGGGAGACAUAUUCACUCUGCAGUCUGCGUUCUAUGGGCAUGGGCUCUCUGCUGGAUGCCAUGUUUGAGUUCAGUGAGAAGCUCAAUUCCUUGGGCUUAGAUGCACAGGAGAUGGCCCUCUUCAUGGCUGUGGUCCUUGUCUCAGCAGAUCGCUCUGGGAUCUCCGACGUGGAUGCUGUUGAAAUUCUUCAGGAGACUUUAAUACGGGCCUUGAGAACUCUAGUAACCAAGAAGCAUCCUGAUGACUCUACACUCUUCCCCAAGCUGCUUCUCCGUCUUCCCGACUUGAGAACUCUCAACAACCAGCAUUCAGAGAAACUUCUUGCCUUCCGGAUCAACCCUUAAUUCCAGCACAUCAAUCUCAUAAGCUCUAAGACUUUAGGAAAUAAAAAUCCACCAUCAAGUAAAUUUACUGCAGCGGACUAAAUGUUGCUCUUUGGGAAAUGAACAUAAUGAUGAAAGAAGAGGCGUAGAAAGGAUACGACGAAGGCAGGAAGCCCACGGCCCCUUGCAGCUUGGAUCUGUUGGAGUAGAUCUCUCCCCAGUGAGGAGAUUGGAUACAGGAGGAAAGAUGCAUUUCCCAGAUAGCGCUCUCCACAGCACAAUGCAGACUGAAGAUCAUUUAUGUGCCAAGAGAGAUCAGGCAAAUGAACUGGACACAUGUGUUGUUUCUAAAUGGGUGUGGGUGUGUAUACACACGCAUGCAUAUAUUCACACAUAUAUUUCCAUAUGAUGUUGUUUUGAGGCUCUACCCUGUAUAUAAAAGCACCAAGUAUAUUGUACAUAACAGUAAUCAUUGGUAGCUCUUGAGGAUGGGCAAAUGUAGGACACCUGGUAAGGCAGUUACUCCAGAUCUAGUUUCCUUAAUCUGCAUGCUACUGAGCCCCAACUCUCAGGCUUUUUUCUUUUCCUUUGUUAGCCUUUGUUCCCUUGCUGCUGUUCUUAAAAAGUGUGUCUGUAUGUAUACACACACACAUGUGCAUACCAGAUGAUACCAGCUAUUCAGUAAAACCUCUUUCAGAUUUUACUGAGUAGCUGGUAUCAUCAGAUAGAAAAUAGGACUACUCAAGUUUUCCACCUCCACCUCCACCUCCACCCAUCUCAUCUUGGCAACUGAUUAAGUGAAAUCCCAAUUCUCUUUCAUCUUGUCAGGUGUGGGUGUCUAGGUAAUACAUAUUUCAUAAACAUCUCAAAAAUAAAAGGCGCUUCCACCAAUUCGUGACAGAGCUGCACUCCAUUCUCGGAUGCGGCCGCAGCAAACUAAAGAGGCCGUAGGUGGAGGAAAGCUGUGGAGAUGCUGUCGAUUGAUCAGAAGUCUAGUUUCUCAGCAAGUCAGAGGAAAGGAACUUGAUUGCAGUUGGAUGAUUCGAGAGAGCUGUCGGAAGUGAGAAAGGAGAUUGGGAUUAGCCGGUGUUCCUUCCAUCCCUGGUAAGGUUCAGCCAUUAGGAAGAAAGGGCUAAGCAAAGCAAACACCCCGAAGAUCUUUCUGCUCAGUUUUUCUGAUUAUUUCUGUGCUUUGGUGCUUUUCUAUCCAUUCCCCCCAAAGGGUGAAGUUUGGGGUAUUUUAUCCUAGAAAGUUCUAACCCCUCUGACCUCCAAAUCCCAUUCCUUUUUAAGGAUGGGGCCAAGAAUCCCAAACAGUCUCCAGGCUGCCUUUAUUAUUUUAUUCAGCCCCAUCUUUUGUUACAGAUUUCCCAUAUAUUCCCAGAAUAUUUUGGUUAAUUGAUCUAAUAAUCAGUAGACUGCCUUCCUUGGGGAGUGAUGUGUUCUCUGCACUUUAUAUAUAUAUAUAUAUAUUAAGCAACCAGAUUCUGUGCCAAGAAAUGUGUAAAUUAUGACCUGAGUAAAUUAUUCAAAUUAAACAGAUGCCAUAUUUGUUUAUUUUGCAUAAUUUAUUCUGCUUCCACUAGUCAUGGACAGUGAUGGUGCAGGAGGCACUGGAAGUUAUGCUGAAUACUGAAGUUCCACCUUCUGAUCUCUAGAAAUUCUGUUGUGGUUUUUCUGGUUUUCUGAGACUGUAUAUCACAAUGGCACAUCAAUGUCUCAAGCAAUAUGUAUAUGGUUUGGAGCACCAAAGGGUCACAUGGGUGUGUACAUUAAAUUGCACUCUGUUUUUUUGUUUUUGUCUGAUUGUGACACAGCAUUGGCGAAAUGGCUCUGAAGUGUAUUUGGGGCUUGGAUUUUGCUGAAGCCCAACCUUGAAAUAUUAGAAAAUCUAUUUUUCUAUUACGAAUAGAAACAAAAUGAAAGCUGAGAUGUGCAGAAUGCUAACUUUUGUAACAUACCAAAUUCUAUACUCAAAAUGAGAUGGAACUGCAGACACAUGGAUUUAAGACAGUUGAGCACUCUAGAUAUUGAGAACCUAGGAACUAUUUUUCCUCCUUAUCAGACUAUAGAUUAAAAAGAAGCCAAUCCAUUGGGAUAUUUUUUAAAGAUUUGGAGAGGACUGAAAGGGGAUCCUGGGCUCCCUCUUCUCUCCAGUAGGAUCUCCCAGUGUCCCUGUCUGGUUGUGGUCAGCCCUGCCUGGUUCUCUACAUUGAUAUAUGACAGGUUUUCCAUCCCAUUUACAGGAGUUCUCAUAGCAUGUUUGGGUCACCCUCCUGUUGCAUGAUGUGGGGAAUAUUUGGUGUUCUUUGCAGGGUGGGAGGGACACUUGCUGCUGCUGUUCAACACUGCUUUGAAGUGAAACCAAACGUUGCACUUUUGUUAGAAAUGUAUGUAGGAACAAAGAGUCCCCUCCCUAAAUUGAAGUAUAUUUGCUGCAAUGGGAAAAUGGAGAGGGGUUUAUUUGCUGCUGCUGCUGCUGCUGCUGCUACUACUGCUGGGAGUCCAAAAGACUCAUAAAAGAUGCUGACAAGGCAGAGAGAGAGAGAAUUUAUUUUUUGUCUAAAAUUGAAGUGCAAUAAAUACAUUAAAAGAGAAAUAAAAUAAAUAUUUGCUAACAGAGCACGCUUCUGUCCGUCUUGUUGUCAGGAGUGAGGACCAUGUCAAAAAUGGUUCCGAGGUUCACGGUUUCAAGAUCAGCCCAAGUACCAAACCUAGAGCAGCCAACCAGAUGAUUCUUGGGAAUCAUGCAAGCAAUUCAGGACAGCAGUAACCCUCUGUCUUAUUCCCCAACAACUGGUACUUGGAAACAGACUGACUCCAUCUGGAGGCUUCAUAAUGCAGGGUGGACAGAUCUGGUUUUAUGCUAGAACAUUGAGCUCCGCCAAGCAGAGCUUAUUUCAAAAGAGAAACACUUGGACUUUAAACAUUUGGGGCCCAGAUACUGGUUUAGCGUUAGAACGGAUAAAAGGAACACACUCCUGAUGUCAGCAAAAUAAUUCAUCCCAUGAGGUUGGUUGCUACUAAUAUUAAACUAACUCAGAAUUAGAUAUCCUUGCUGAACUACUGCAGAUCUUCCAGAUGUGUGUUGGCUGACCUGACUUGUCCAUCUCUGGCAUUCAGCCCUCAUGAUUAGUAGAAGUGUGUCUUCCAGGAUUGUGUCUCAUCUAAUGAACAUCUGCCUGUCAAAAUACUGGGGGGGGGCAUGGUCCAACUUGCUAUAAAGCUUCAUCUUGU